AGGUGUGGGCGGGAGCCGCGGCGCGCACGGCAGGAGGACGCUACGCGCUGGGGCCGCUCUCCACCUUGGGUCUCAUCGCCGCUGGAGGGCCUCAGGUGGCACUAGCACCUGCGCGGGCCGCCCGAGCCAUAGGGAGGACGCCGGGACACCCGGAAGCCGGGAAAUGGACUCAGUGGCCUUUGAGGAUGUGGCUGUGAACUUCACCCAGGAGGAGUGGGCUUUGCUGGAUCCCUUUCAGAAGAAACUCUACAGAGAUGUGAUGCAGGAAACCUUCAUUAACUUGGCGUCUAUAGGGGAAAAUUGGGAAGACCAGAACACUGAAGAUAAAUACAAAAGCCAGGGGAUACAUCUUAGAGGUUGUACUGUAGAGAGACUCUGUGAAAGAAAAGAAGGUCAAUUUGGGGAAACCAUCCGUCAGACUCCAAAUCUUAAACAGAACAAGAAAACUAUUCCUGGAGUAAAACCACAUGAGUGCAGUGUGUGUGGAAAAGUCUACAUGUGUCAUUCAUCUCUUAACAGGCACAUGAAAUGUCACACAGAACGCAAACCAUAUGAGAACCACAAAUAUGGAGAGAAGUCCUAUGAAUGUAAGGAAUGUGGGAAAACAUUCAACUUUCGGAGUUCAUUUCGAAUACAUGAAAGGACUCACACUGGAGAGAAACCCUAUAAAUGCAAGCAAUGUGGGAAAGCUUUCUGUUGGCCCAGUUCCUUUCAGAUACAUGAAAGGACUCACACUGGAGAGAAACCCUAUGAAUGUAAGGAGUGUGGCAAAGCCUUCAUUUAUCACACAACAUAUCGAGGACACAUGAGAAUGCACACAGGAGAGAAACCUUAUCAGUGUAAAGAAUGUGGGAAAACCUUCAGUCAUCCCAGUUCAUUUCGAAACCAUGAAAGAACUCACUCUGGAGAGAAACCUUAUGUAUGUGAACAAUGUGGAAAAGCCUUCAGAUACUACCAAACUUUUCAAAUACAUGAAAGGACUCACACUGGAGAAAAGCCCUAUCAGUGUAAGCAAUGUGGGAAAGCUCUCAGUUGUCCCACUUCGUUUCGAAGUCAUGAAAGGAUUCACACUGGAGAAAAACCCUACAAAUGUAGAAAAUGUGGCAAAGCCUUCAGUUUUCCUAGUUCCUUUCGAAAACAUGAAAGAAUUCAUACUGGAGAGAAACCUUAUGAUUGUAAGCAGUGUGGGAAAGCAUUCAUUUCUCUUCCAAGCUUUCGAAGACAUAUGAUAAUGCACACUGGGAAUGGGCCUUAUAAAUGUAAGGAAUGUGGGAAAGCCUUUGAUUGUCCCAGUUCAUUUCAAAUUCAUGAAAGAACUCACACUGGAGAGAAACCCUAUGAGUGUAAACAGUGUGGGAAAGCCUUCAGUUGUUCCAGUUCCUUUCGAAUGCAUGAAAGGACUCACACUGGGGAAAAACCUCAUGAAUGUAAACAAUGUGGUAAGGCCUUCAGUUGUUCAAGUUCUGUUCGAAUACAUGAAAGGACUCACACUGGAGAGAAGCCCUAUGAGUGUAAACAGUGUGGAAAAGCCUUUAGUUGUUCCAGUUCAUUUAGAAUGCAUGAAAGAAUUCACACUGGAGAGAAGCCCUAUGAGUGUAAACAGUGUGGUAAGGCCUUCAGUUUUUCCAGUUCAUUUCGAAUGCAUGAAAGGACACACACUGGAGAGAAGCCUUAUGAAUGUAAGCAAUGUGGGAAAGCCUUCAGUUGUUCCAGUUCAUUUCGAAUGCAUGAAAGGACUCACACUGGGGAAAAACCCUAUGAAUGUAAGCAUUGUGGGAAAGCCUUCAGUUGUUCAAGUUCCAUUCGAAUACAUGAAAGGACUCACACUGGGGAAAAACCCUAUGAAUGUAAACAAUGUGGCAAAGCCUUCAGUUGUUCUAGUUCUGUUCGAAUGCAUGAAAGAACUCACACUGGAAAGAAACCCUAUGAAUGUCAACAGUGUCAUAAGGCCUUCAGUGUUCCCGAUCCUUUCGGAUCCAUGAAAGAACUCACACUGGAGAGAAACCCUAUGAAUGUCAACAGUGUGGUAAAGCAUUUAAGUGUUCCCGUUCCUUUCGAAUACAUGGAAGAACUCACAAUGGACAGUAACUAAUUGUAGACAGCAUGGUAAAGCUUUCAGUUGUCUUUGAAGAUAUGAAAGGACUCUUGCUAUAGAGAAACCCUGUGAAUAUAAAAUGAAAGAAAACUUUAAGUUCUCUGAGUGUGAAUACCAGAAGGAGCUCUUACUGGAGAGAAAUCCUAUGACCACAAGCAAUAUGGGAAAAAGCCUUCAGUGAUCAGCUUUUUGAGGAUACACAAGAAUGCAUUCUGGAGGAAUAUUCAUAAAUGUCAAGAAUAUGUAAAAGCCUUCAGUUGUCCCAGUUUAUUUAGAAAUCAUACACAAACACACUGGAGAACAGUUUAUUGAAUGCAAACAAUGUGGGAAAGAUUUCAAUUGGCCAUGUUCUAACAUAAUAUAUGAGAAGGCACACUGGAGAGGAAUUGUAUAAAAGUGAAAAGCAAUGGAAAGGGUUUUUUUUGUCAAAUAUUCAUGUAAUAUUCCCUCUAUGUGAAUCUUCACACUCAUGUAAAGACUCCUACUGGAGAGAGGUCCUUUAAGUGUACAUAAUACAAAUUAAUUCAUGUCUAUCAUUCCAGAACAUUUACAACAUGAAAGAAAUGUUAUAAAACAUGCAAGUUUAUUUUUCAGUUGUUUAUUAAAGUAUCCCUGGACUAUAGAUUUCUAUUUAUUACUUUCACACAUGAACAUCUGGUGAGAUAAUUCUGUAAGCCUUUGUUAAGCAACUGUACAUGCGUUUAAUAGGUAGUGUUUUAUCAUUGAAUCAGUUACUAUAAUUUUCUCUCUUUUUUGAAUUCUGCUGAAUUCAUGGGUGAACCAAAGAGUAUUUCCAAUAUGAAAAUUUUUAAUAUUUUUUUUGUUUUGUGAAUAAUAGAUCAUUGAAAAAUGACAAUUCAGAAAUCAUUGGGAUUUUCCUACUGGCCUUGGGUGGCAGAGACUAGAUGUCUCUUACUCAUAUAAUUUUUAUUAUUUUUUCUGAUUUAGAUAGGCUUGUUUGAAGGGGGAGCAGAGGAGACUUACUUUAUUUUCUAUGCUAAUAGUGGCCAUAAAUUUAUGAAUAUGCAAAGUUUAUCUUAUGGGAUAAUCUCAUUUAAAUUAUUUUCACCUUUUGCUGUUAGUCAUUCCUUUGGGCUGUGAUUUAGAUGAUGAAUUUUGCAUUAAGAAGAGACUUGUGGUAGCACAAUAUAAUCUUAGUUGGAAAUGGCUUUCCUGAAUUGUGUUAACACAGAUAACUGUGUAGCCUGUCUUCUACAAUCCAUCUCUUCCAGUUCCAUGCUAGAAUUCAUCAAUAAUAUAUUUGUUUGAGAUAUAGAGAGCAGAAUUGAUGAAGGGUGUUGAGUUUUAUAACCAUUAAUAUGGAACUAGAUGGAUGAAUAGGGCUUCAGGGAUACGUGCUUCUACCUCAUUUUCCUGAUGCUUUGCCAUGCUGAUCAUGAGUACAGUUGUGUGUCGCAUAAUAGUGUUUCAGUCAAUAACAGGCUGCAUAUGUGGUGGUCUCUUAAGAUUACAAUAGACCUGAAAAAUUUCCUAUUGCUUAGUGGCAUCAUAUCCAUUGUGAUGUCAUAGUGCAAAGUACUAUGUGUUUGUGGUAAUGCUGGCACAAACAACCUUGCUCUACCAGUAAUGUAAAAAUAUAGCACUUGCAAUUAGUUUUAGACAUAAUACUUCUAGUAAUAAUAGACAACUGUGUUACUGGUUUAUGUAUUCUCUAUCCUGUAGUUUUUAUCAUUUUAGGUUGCAUUCUUAUUUUUUAAAAAGUGUACUGUAAAAACAGCCCUAGGCAGGUCCCUUAAGAGGCAGUUCAGGAGAAGGCAUUGUUACCAUCUGUGGGCAGCUGCGUGUGUGGUGUUGCCCCCUAAAAUCUUCCAGGGGACAGAGGUGGAAGUGGAAGACUUCAUAAGUCUUCCCAGGAUUGUUAAUGGUCCUGCACUAGGUAAUGAGUGUGUUUGUGUCCUAGUUUUUAACAAAAAAGUUAAAAAUCAGAAAAAAUAAAAAUAAAUCUCAUAGGGUCAGAACAUAAAGAAGAUAUUUUUGUACAGCUAUACAAUGUGUUUGUGUUUUUCUUUUUUUUUCCAUUGUCAGAUGGGUAACAUGCUGAUGUUGUCACAAGGUUGGAGGGAGGCACUUCUCAACACAUCUGUGUGGAAACCCAAGCCUGUGCUUGUAAACCAUAAAAAAGAUCUUGUGUUUUAAGCUAAGUGUUAUUAUAAAAGAGUCAAAUGCAAAAAAGAUUGCAGGGGGCUGUGUGUGUAGUGCAAUGUUACAGUACUUGCCUAGCAAGUAUGAGGCCCUAGGUUUGAUUCAUAGCACUGAAAAAAAGUUAUUUUUAAGUUUAUAAAGUAAAAAUGGUGCAGUAAACUGAGGAUAAUAUAUUAUUUAAUAAAUAAUUUUUAAGAAAAAUUAGUAUAGCCUAACUGUGCACAUAAUGUUUAUAAAAUCUACAGUAGUGUACAGGAAGUCCUAAGACUUCACAUCCAUCCACCACUCAAUGACUCACCCACAGCAACUUCCAGUCCUUCAGCCUCCUUUUAUGAUAAGUGCCCUAUAUAGGUGUACCACUGUUUAUCUUUUAUAUGGUAUUUUUACUGUACCUGUUCUAUGUUUAGAAACACAAAUACCACGUGUUAUAAUUGCCUAUAAUAUUGAAUAUAGAUACAUGUUGUAUAGGUUUAUAGCUUAGGAGCAAUAGGCUAUGCCAUAUAGUCUAGAUGUAUAGUAGGCUACACCAUCAAGGUUUGUGAAGUAAGUAUAUUUUAUGUCUGUACAAAGACGAAUCUGCUUGAUAAUACAUUUCUAGAACAUCUUGUUCCUUAAACAGUACAUGCCUGUAUUCUCAAAGUUAGCACUAAUUGCUUGAUUGUCAUCUUUAUAGAGGUGUAGUGUAUAGAUACCUCCCAAGUUCCACUCAGCAUCCAUUGCUGUUUAGAUUUUCCUGCAAACUCUAAUGUGUGCAUAAUUUGGACUUGCAAGAUUGGGAGUAUUCCCUGAUGUUUUGACUUACCUCAUCUCUAGACUGAAUUCAUCUAGGGUCUUACAUUAUGUAGUAAACACCUGUUGUAUUAAUGUUGCCAGUAACUGUAUGUAGUUAAAGUGGUGCAUUCAGAAAGGACUCUUAUGGACUUGGGCUUUUGUUAGUAAAUGAAGUGAGACUUUUCUCUAUAUUGAAUACUGUGCAUUGAAUUUAGUUGCAUCACUGGUUAUCAUAAUAGUUCUUAUCUAGAAAGAAGGAAGAAUGAAGUUGAGAUAAUCUACAUGGGUCAAGUAUGGUGGAGUAUACCUGUAAUCCCAGAUACUGGGGAGGCUGAGGCAGGAGGAUCCCAAGUUCAGGGCCAGCCUCAGCAAUUUAGUGAGACCCUAGCUCAAUUUAAAAAAGGGGGGUGGGGUGGGGCUGGGGAGAUAGUAGUAAAGCAUCCCUGGGGUUAGUUCCCAGCAUUGCAACAGCAACAAGAGAACUACAUGGGUAGUUUUUUUCCUUUAUUGCAUUGGGCAGUGAAUGCAUUGACUGAUCCUUAGUUUUAAGAAUGAGCAUCUUCCUCAUGGCAAGCGGUUUGUCUAUUUCCUGUCACUGUUGAACAUAAUCUUAGUAUGUUUUCAAUUACAUUUCACUGUAUGUGAUAAAGUGUGCAUGUUUUUGUCAAAUAGACUCUUCUGUAGAUGUUUUCUAGAAUAUUUUAGAAAUUUUUCAAAUAAUUUGUAUACUAUCAAUUGUCUUUUUCAUUUCCUGUAAGGAUAUAUUAAAAUACUCCAUUACA